UCUUAUAUAGUUGCUCGCAAACAAAGUAUCGGCUCAGAGUGUGUAGCAACGCGCCAGGAAUAACUGGGAGGUCGAUAUGUGAAUCGUGAUCUUUCACACGGCGAACAAUGCGUCGUCAUUUCAACAGAUUAAUUACCAUCGCAUUAGCUAUUCGACGAGUCGGCUAUUGAGGCCGAUCGAAAUUUCGUCUUCCAAGCGCGCGAGGCAUAUCAGUGUACAAUAUCGGGCCUCACACGACAAUAAAGUUUCUGGUGCGCCGUUAUAUUAUCGCGAAAUUGAGCAACGUUGCGCGCGAAGCUGUACCAGUGUGAAAAGCUUCUUUAUAUCAAAGAAGCCAUAAUAGGAACGCGGCAGUUUAUGUGUUAUCUAUAAACGUGACUAAUAGCUGCAAGGUUGUUAAUUGUCGGAUAUUUUCCAAAGAAGAGGAAGUACACGGCAAAUCGGGUAGUGUUUAAUCUGUGUAUAGCGAAAAUCCAUUGUGCGCCGAUUUCUCUUCUGCCUGAGCGAUCGGUAGAAGAAAUUCGGAUAUAUAAGGUGAACCCCAUAGUCCAUUGAAUCAGAGUUGUCUCUCGACUCGACUGCUCGUUCGGUCGUGUAAAGAAACGAAGACUUUUUUAACGAGCAAAAUGGCGACGAAGCUCUUCCUGCUGGGAACGAUCCUCCUGAUCGGUAUUGCGACCGAGAGCUCGGCUCAGUAUUGGAACCGUCAGUACUCGUACAGCAACGGACGCUAUCCUCAGCAGGUCUACCCGGGCUAUCAACAGCAGAGACCCAAUUACCAGCAAUCGAAUGGAUGGCAAAACGCUGCUUCGUUCCAAUUGCCUCCCGGUGUAUCGGUUACCGACGCCGAGUGGGUUUGCAAAAGUCCCAAAACUGGUGACAUGAUGAUCAUCGCUUCGGAGGACGGACCGGUACCGAACCGAGUCAAUGGACAACAGCAAUGGCACCAGGUCUAUCCACAGCAGCCAGGAAAUAAUCAGCCGAACUAUCCGCAACCCCAACAGCCAGUCUACCCUCAACCACAGCAACCAGCUUACCCGCAAACUCAAGCCCCGCCAGUGACCAAUGCACCAACCACCACAACUGAAGACACAAACCGACCGAUUUGGGGUAGUGGUGGAAACGACAAUCGUUACCCUCAAACCCAGGCUCCAGUAACCGUCAAACCGACCACAACCACUACAGAGGAUACGAAUCGACCUAUCUGGGGUGAUAACAACAAGCAACCAAACUUUCCUGAAGUGAAGCCAAGUUUCCCGACAUCAACUACCCAGAAGCCCGUCGAUCCUUUGUGGCCUGAGGGCGGUAAUGGUAAUAAGCCAGGUUUUACCGUGAUUGAACCAACUCGUAAGCCAAAACCGCACAAGACUACUAAAGCUCCGAUCGACGAUGACGACGAUGACGGCCCAUUGGACAUAGUAAUGGGGUAGAGAUGAACGUUGUAUAAAGCAACAUAUAUCUUAUAUUAUAUUUUAUUUAAAUUGAUGAAUAAACUAUUGAUAUCUAGAAUUUUGAA